ACUGAGAGCGCCUGGCGCUGGGAAUCCGCCCACGCCGUCAGCUUGACGUUGCCAUGGCAACCUCGCUGCCCAGGUAUGUCGCUGCACCCUGCUCCUCCAUCGCGGGUGUUCGUGGAACUGGUUCCCUGGGCUGACCAGGGCCGGGAAAACCACCCGACUUCGGGCGUCGAGGCGCAGUCCGGAGGUCGCCGCCUCCCCGCCGCCGCCGAGGCCCACCCUGCGCCCCGCGAGGUCCACGUGAGCGGCUCCGCCGAAGUGUCAGCCAGCCCCAACCGGGCGCAAGUGGCCGUGCGGGUGAGCAGCACCAAAAAGGCGGCGGCCGAGGCCAAGAAGAGUGUUUGCCGCCGCCUGGACUACAUCACGCAGAGCCUCCAGCAGCAGGGUCUGCCGGCAGAAAAUGUAACAGUGACCAAGGAUUUUAAAAGAGUGGAAAAUGCUUAUCACAUGGAAGCUGAGGUCUGCAUUACAUUUACUGAAUUUGGAAAAAUGCAAAGUAUUUGUAAUUUUCUGGUUGAAAAGUUAGAUAGUUCCGUUGUCAUCAGCCCAGCCGAGUUUUAUCAUACUCCGGGUUCUGUUGAGAAUCUUCGGCGGCAAGCCUGUCUCGUUGCUGUAGAGAAUGCAUGGCGCAAAGCUCAAGAAGUCUGUGACCUUGUUGGCCAAACCCUAGGAAAACCUCUACUAAUCAAAGAAGAAGAAGCAAAAGAAUGGGAAGGCCAAAUGGACGAUCAACAGUUAGCCAGACUCUCGGGUUCAUUAACUGUACAACAAAAAAUCAAAAGUGCAACAAUACAUGCGGCUUCAAAAGUGUUUGUUACUUUUGAGGUAAAGGGGAAAGAGAAGAAAAAGAAACAUCUCUGAAAUUUCAACAACACAUUGUAUUUGUGUUUUUAAUCUAUUUUUAUACAUUUUAUAGUGCUUUUUUUGUCCUGAACGUAUCUGUUAUAUAGAAUACUGGUUCUCUGUAAAAUCUGUCACAUUUAAGUACAGUCCCACAGAAUGUCUAAGCUCAUUUGCUAGUUUACAAAACACUCUGAGAAAUACUAGUGGAUAAUAAAUGGAUUGUAGACACA